AUUUGCUUGGGCUACCAAUCUGUCUAGGCACUAUGGACCUGAACUGCUUGAGGAGUGGGGCUUUUGAUUCUAUUCCUUGUUGUUUCCUGCUGCUAAGAGCAGAAUGUUAGCUUCAACAUCUAAUAUUUUGUCUACUGAUCACUGUAUGAGGAGAGAGUAUGCUUGAAUCUAGAUCUACUGCUAUAGGAUUAUGUCUAAUAUGCAUCAACUGUAUGAGGGGAGAGUAGUACUGUGGAUUGCUGCUGGUCUGCUGAUGGAAACAAGGGAGUAGAUCUAUUCUCUGCUGGUCUGUUGAGGUGUUUUGGUGCAAGGGAUUUCUGUUGUCAUGUUUGUUGGACGGAUUUCCUUGGGCUACCAAUCUGUCUAGGCGCUAUGGACCUGAACUGAUUAAGGAGUGGGGCUUUUGAUUCUAUUCCUAGUUGUUUCCUACUUCUAAGAGUAAAAUGUCAGCUUCAACAUCUCACAUUUUGUCUAUUGAUCACUGUAUGAGGAGAGAGUAUGCCUGAAUCUGGAUCUGCUGUUAUAGGAUUGUGUCUAAUAUGCAUCAACUGUAUGAGGGGAGAGUAGUACUCUGUUAUGAUUUUCUGUCUAGAAGGAUAAUGGAAAUUCUAUUUGAGAUAUUGAAAGGUUUUGACACUAUAUUGAUGCCAUUGUUAGAAUGAACAAAUUGCUUGAUGACGAGAAUAAAGAGGAUAAAACGUUCUGAAAUCAGGAGGCUCUCAAAGAGGAAGAAAAUGAUGAAAAUUACGAAGAAGGGGAGGUUGUGGAUGUUUUUUAUGGUGACUUUGAUGAUGAUUAAUAACUUCAAUAUCCAUGACCACUUGAACGAACUUAUUGUCCAAUUACAUGCUAUACUGGAAUCAGGAACCUGAACCAGAUGAAGAAGUAGAAAAUGAAGCAGAUGACAGAAUGCGGACAAAGAAGAUACUAAUAUUUCCUGGAAAGCAAUUGCCAAAGAAGACGACGAAAAAGAAGGUUCUUUCAAAUCUUGGAAAGGCUCCCCAGGAUGAUGAAGCUGCUGAGCAGUCUACUCUCCCUGAACAUCAUGAUGGACCCGAUGACGUAGAAGUGGAGAGAAUAGUUAGAAAAUCUACAAGAACUUCAGUUAUUGUUAGGCAAGCUGAAAGAGAUGCAAUACAUGCAGCUUUGCAAGCAACAAUGAAGGGAAAAUAACUUCAUUGUUGUCAUCAUUUUCUGGCUGAUGCUUGCUGGGCGGCUGCUGCUGCUGCUGCAAUGUUGCUGUGAGGCGGCUGGUAUUAGAUGUUGGUCUGCUGGAUAAGUUUGUGGGUGAUUUUCGUGCCGUUUUGCCUGUCUUUGUUCGG